AUGGCUCGAGUUAGGCGUCCUCACUGGGGCUCGACAGAGCACGAAGUGGGGCAGGAGUUUGGGGGGCCUCGCCAAAGUUCUGGGGUCAUACGGAAGAAGGUACAGCAUCGUAAACAGCAAAACAGUUCUCCCCACCCACUCACCUGCCUGUUGAUUAUAUGAUGGCCCGCACUAUGGAACCAGUGGCAAAGAAGAUCUUUAAAGGAGUUUUAGUAGCUGAACUCUUGGGCGUUUUUGGAGCAUAUUUUUUAUUUAAUAAGAUGAACACAAGCCAAGAUUUCAGGCAAAUGAUGAGCAAGAAAUUUCCCUUCAUCUUGGAAGUUUAUUACAAAUCCAUUGAACAGUCUGGAAUGUAUGGAGUCAGAGAGCAAGAUCAAGAAAAAUGGUUGAAUAGCAAAAAUUAGGAAUUUGGAAACACUGCUCCAGGUUUACCCUUUUUCACAGUAUCAGCCAAGACUAAUUACAAAGUUGACCAUGGUUGAAUUUUGGAAUACUUAAGGCAAACUGUAAGAUCUAAUUAAGUCAGAGGUUUUAUUCUUUGGUCUAACUGAAGAAACUGAUGGAGGGUAUGUUUUUUAUGUUAUAAAUGAAAUUUUGUCUACACUUCUCAAAGUGGUUCUACGAAAGGAAAAACCACUUAACCUAUAAUUCUGAACGUAUAAACUUUCAAAAUAAACACCUAUUUUUAAUAUUUAUUAAAUUUUAAUUCACACAUUUAAAAAUCACAUUAUCUAAAAAUACAUUUACUAAGAAUACUGCUUUUAUCCAUUUCACUUUUCUUGAAAUAAUAUUCAAAUUUUUUGCAUCUACUUGGGCCAUUUUUAAAAAAAACUUUAGUAGGGAGUAAAAUUCAUCAUAAAACUCCGCUGUUUUCACAUGUAUAAUUCAGUAUGUUUUAGUAAACUUACAGUUGUUCAACUAUCAUCACAUUGCAAUUUUAAAACACUUCCAUCAACUCCAAAAGAUCCGUGGUGCCCAACUGCAGUCACGCACCCUCUCCCCAAGAGGGCUUUGUCUUUUCUGGCUAGUUCACGUAAGUGGGAUCAUAUGAUGUGUGGUCUUCUGUAUCUGGCUUCUUUCACUUAGCAUAACAUUUCUGAAGCUCAUCCAUACUACAGUCAGUACCUCGUUCCAUUUUUUUGCUGAAUGAUAUUCCAUUACCUAUUCAUCAGUGAAUAGACACUGGGGUUGUUCCCACUUUUUGGCUAUUAAUAGUGCUGCUACAAACAUUCAUGUAAAGUCUUUGCAUGGGUAUCAAGCCACUUUUGAUAAACAGUUUCUAGAGCCUUUCAUUUAAAAUUUUGUGUAUAUUAUUAAGGAACUGCAUAUGAUGCUAUUAUGGAAUAUUUUCUCUUGAGUUAAAACUCCCAUUUGUAUAGCACCCAGAAGGGUUUUUUGUUUUUAUUCAUCAUACAGGCAUAUAACUGUUAAUAUCAACUAGUAAGCACAGUUAUUGCCUUCUUAAAGUUGGCUUAAGGUUUAUUCAUAAUGAUAUCCAACAUUUGCAAAUGUAGGGUGAACACUCUUACCGCCCCCAGUUUAUCAGUGUUUGAAAUUCCUUGGCCUCCUUUUGUUUUAACCAAUUCUGUCAGGUAUCCUUUAAUCUGCAUCUGAAACUACUGUCAGCUGAGAUCUGACAUCUUUCAGGCUAUUGUCUUCUGAAAUAGUGCUUUAUUAGUCAAAUCAAGUCACUGAAACAGCAUCUUUUAAUAUGACAGGCUCAGGAGGACUUAAGAAUAAGGCAACAUUUCUCUCUGGAGAUGAUUUUAGGGAAAACUUUGUCUUAUACUUAAGCAUAUGCUACGAUUAAAGUGUCACCGUACAUUAAUCGUGGAAGACAAAAUCUGAAAGAUAAUUUUGUAAUUUAUAUAUCAGGUAAAUCAUCUAAUUAAGAGGAUUGUCACUGUUAGUAUUUCAAAGAGCUGAUAAGUUUUGCAAGUUUAAGUGUCUGACGUUCAAAGCAUGAAGAAAAAGCAAGUCUGAAUUUAUCACAGAUUUCAGGAAUGAAAUACAACGCUUUCUACAUUUUUAUCAAAAAAGCUAAAACUGUCACCUGACAUAACACCUUUUUCCUUUAAUAGCAUCUUACAAGUGUUAACAUUAAAAGGCAUAAUAUGUUAUGAUACUUUAAAGAUGAUCUAGAGAUAUUUAAAAGAGAGCAAGGAAGUUAUGAGGAAAAAAUAUGAAGGUAUUAUGU